AUGCUAAAACCGCAUCCUCAGACUCAGGCUGCUCGCACGGCCAAUAUCUCCCAAGGCGCAUCUCGUACCCAAAGUACUCAGACGCAUGCUGAUGCAAGUCUGCUUCUAGACGAUUUUGGGCUGUUCACAUCGUCUCCACUGCCCUCGCCUGCGCCUGAGCCACGUGCUGGCCGUCAAGAUUUGAAAAAGUCCAUCUUGUCGCUUUACUCGUCGCCUCAACUGUCCACUUCUCACGUGGCCAGACCACAGGCGAAUCACCUGCAGAAGGGCUUCCAGCAACCGAUAUUCCAGAGCUCUCAAACAAAUUUGCACACCCAGACAAGCAUUUCUCAGACAAGUUUUUCCCAAUCUAGUCUUCUGUCGCCUAGUAACUCUGUUUCUAGCCUGAACUUUCCUGGAAGCUUUAGUCAGAGCCAGCCAGUAAUUCUGUCUUCGUCUCAAUCCAAGACUCCUACUCCAUCCGGGGUCUCUAACGUCGCAGACUCGCUUGCAGGUUUAAACAUCGGCAAUAAUGAAUGGGGCGAUGCAAAGUGGACUGGAACCUACUCGCAGACGCCUCUCGACGAUGACUUGUUCAAGAAUGUGUGGAGUUGA